UCAGUGACCUUUAAUGAUGUCCAUGUGAAAUUCAGCCAAGAAGAGUGGGCCUUGCUGGAACCUUCCCAGAAGCAACUCUACAAGGUUGUGAUGCUAGAGACCUGUGAAAACCUCACUGCUAUAGGCUACAAUUGGGAUGACCAUAAUAUUGAAGAACAUUUUCAAAGUUCUACAAGUAAUAAAAGUCAUCUCAUAAGCCAUAGAAGAACACAUACUGGAGAGAAACCUUAUGAAUGUAACCAGUGUGGUAAAGCCUUUGCAGAAAACAGUACUCUCUUAAGACAUAAAAGAACACACACUGGAGAGAAACCUUAUGAAUGUAACCAGUGUGGUAAAGCCUUUGCAGAAAACAGUACUCUCUUAAGCCAUAAAAGAACACACACUGGAGAGAAUCCUUAUGAAUGUAACCAGUGUGGUAAAGCCUUUGCAGAAAACAGUACUCUCUUAAGCCAUAAAAGAACACACACUGGAGAGAAACCUUAUGAAUGUAACCAGUGUGGUAAAGCCUUUGCAAAAAACAGUACUCUCUUAAACCAUAAAAGAACACACACUGGAGAGAAACCUUAUGAAUGUAACCAGUGUGGUAAAGCCUUUGCACAAAACAGUCAUCUCUUAAUCCAUAAAAGAACACACACUGGAGAGAAACCUUAUGAAUGUAACCAGUGCAGUAAAGCCUUUCCACAAAAAAGUCAUCUCAUAAGCCAUAAAAGAACACAUACUGGAGAGAAAUCUUAUGAAUGUAACCAGUGUGGUAAAGCCUUUGCAGAAAACAGUACUCUCUUAAGACAUAAAAGAUCACACACUGGAGAGAAACCUUAU